AUGCAAGUUACUAUUUCCUUGCUUCCUGUUUCCCUUUCUCUUGUCCAGAUACCCCGCUCUCGUCUCUCCCAACUAUCCCAUCCAGUACUGCACCAUGUUUUGCAGCCGAGCCAUACCUUUUUGAAUAUCACCUUCAAUGAAAUCGAGCUCAGUCUGUUUGCAGACCAGGAUAUUCUUCCGUCUUUCGAGCCUAUAGCACGAAAGGACAGACAGCGACGGCAACGGUCGCGCUCUGGCUCCAAUUCCAGCCGAAAAAGUGUGGAUGCACUUGAGCCUAUCGAAAUCUCGUACGAAAAAUGGUCUGUUUUGCAGAUCGACUCGCAUAGUGACCAGCUGGAUAAAUCCGGUGCCCGUAUCAACGAACUCUCCGCGCUAUUAGCAGACGCCGGAAUAUCCAUCCUGUACCAAUCCUCGUACAUGUGCGACUUCAUAUUUGUAAAAGAAUCUCGACUUCCUGAAGCCUUGUCAAUCUUCUCAGAGGCGGGAUUCGACCUGUACUCCCCCAACUCUCCCCCUGCGUCGCCUACCGCUAAGGUUCUCACUCGUGCAAAUUCACCAAAUCGCCCACUGUCUUCUCCGUUUCCCCGACAAAAAUCCCACUCGCCUCACGCCGGUCAGGUCAACGUCUUGGCCUCAGACCUAACAUGCGUAGGCCUUGCGGACGAUGGCGUUGAGCAAUGGUCACUCAAAGUCAUCAAGCUUAUCGCAUUUCCAGAUCUCAUAAAACCUUCACCCAAGAACAAAGAUUCGACGUGUUACCCCACCCCCAUUACCCCGUCGUCCUCGUCAUCUGACGGUGACUCUGUUACUGAUGAAGACGGGUACUUUUCGCAUUCCCCAUCAAACUCAUCUCCGGUGACCAGCACCAGCAAUGCCUCACGUUCGACAUCUGACCUCCUAUCUACCACGCCCACAAUGUCCUUCAAGCCGCCCUCCAAGCACCUAAUUUCACCAUUGACCCCCCUCCGAAUUGAUACCACCCCUUUAUCGCAACCCGCACCAGCACCUCCACCCCCGGUUCCGUUCUUCAGUUUUACCCGCACAUCGGAAGGUUCAUCCCUAACUACAGACAUACGACUUCUUACCGCACUCUUCCCGACCCACGAACGAUAUCUCAUCUCUGGGUUCGACGACGAAGCAGAAGAGGGUGAAGAGGAAGACUCUGAGCGUCUAUUCAAAUGCCUUCAGAUCGACCUCCGCCGCUUUGGGCUCGACAAGCAUGGGCUUGUGAAUCGCUUCUCACGCGUGCUCGAGGACGCGGGUAUAAACCAUAUGUACAGCUCGACCAUCAAGACAGCUAACCUACUAGUGGAAAAGAAGUGUGCAUUGAGGGCACAGGCACUUCUGAGGGCAUGUUAAUGACCGCAUGACCUUCUUUUUGGAUUAUCCUUAUACUCAUGACGCACCACCGCACUUUCGUACAUACUGCAUAAAACUGUUGUACUAGCAAUGUAGCCACUGUCUAUUUAUCGAAAGUAACCGUCCCACUCAUAUGUAGUACUCCAUACUCCAUUCCGAUCCAGAGAGAAACGUAAAGCUACAUAAAGCCUG